UUCAACAGGACUGGUGAAAAAAGAAAGGUCGGUGGAGGAGGGAAAAUGUCAGCAAGGAUUGAAACGGCGGAUUGAAAACCUCAACUUCAACCAUUUCUCUUGCCCCAUCUGAGACCAGAAUCAAACUUUAUCCCCUAGAAAACAGGAAUGUUAAGGCCCCAACACUGCCGCUCCUAAGAAUACUUCCUCCUGCUGCUGGCCUGAAAGCAUCUGGGACAAAAGGAUAAAAGAGCUGUCCUAGAAGUCAAGAGCCUAGCUGGACAAAACACUAAAGCAUCAUGAUCUACCCAGUCUCCAAGCCAUCAUCUAGACUGGGCCGGGGUGCUGAGACCUAUGAGGCCAAAUGCGAGCGUCGACAGGAGACCCGAGAGAGCCUUCGCCGUCGCCCCAACGUGACUGCAUGCCGCCAGAUGAGGAGGACCAGAAGAAGACUCCACAAUGAGCAAACCCAGAGCCCUCGUCAACAGCAAUUUUUUAAGAGAAGGAACUUGGAAGUAGAAGAAAGGAAAGUGAAAAGCUCAUUCCCCAAGAUUCAGGAAUUCUUAAGAAAGGAAGACCAGGAAGAUGACCUCAAAGUAUCUAACCAGUGCAGUGUCAUGGAGUCAUCAUUUGAACAACAGGAAUCUGAGAACAGCACCAAAGUCCUUUCAGUCCAACAUCAUCCUCUCCCAGAAAACUUCAGGGAUCCCUCCGACAACACUUCUACUUCAAAACUCUUACCAGAGAAAGUGCUAAUCAAAAAGCCACUUACACUUCAUCAAGGUACACAGACAAAAUCAUUAGGAAUACAACUGACAAUUAAGAAUGAUGCCAGUCAGCAAACUGAUUGCGGAAUUGCAGUCCUGGAUAAGGAAAUUAUCCAACUUUCUGACUACCUCAAAGAAGCCCUACAGAGAGAGUUGGUUCUGAAGCAUAAAAUGGUACUUCUACAAGAGCUCUUGUCUACAUUGCUUCAAGCUUCUGACAGGUCCUGGAAGGGACAGCUGAAUGAGGACAAGCUGAAGUGCAAACUGAGAUCCCUGGAAAACCAGCUACACACCUGUACCCAGAAAUACUCCAAAGAGGGUGCAAAAAAGGUCCUUCUGGAAAUGGAGGACCAGAAGCAGACUUAUGAACAAAAGGCAAAAGAGACCCUUCAGAAACUGCUGGAGGAAAAAACAGCAGUGGAGCAGCAGCUAGAGAGCACUCAGAGGUCCCUGGCCAUGGCUGAGCUCAAGUGUGAGCAGUGGAGGGAACAGUACGAGACAUUAAAGAAAGACUGGAGAGAUCUAGGGGCCAAGCACAGUGAACUGGAGAACCAGCUCUAUGUUCUACAAUCCAAAUUGCAGGGAGCAGACAGCAGAGAUUUUCAACUAAAUCAGGCCCUGCAUCUUUUGGAGCGUGAACACCAAGACCUCCAGACGCAGAUUGACCGACUGCAGGGGGACAAAGAACUGGGCUGUUCUAACAUCAGUGACCUACAAGGUCAACUACAAAGGUCAGAAGAGGAAAAACUUGCCCUGAAGGCAACAAUUGAGCACUUACAGAGUCUUCUCCAGAGCCAAUCCACCCAGCUUCACACCCAAGAGGAACUUAUGCUAAAGAAAGGUCAGACUUGUCCUCCUUGGAAUUCAACUCCCACCCAUCUGGAAGAGAAAUCCAAGGGUUCAGGGGAGGAGAGAGAAAAGAAUCUCAGGGACCAGCUGCAAGAGAAGACUUUGCAGCUCCAAGCCAAAGAGGAGGAGUGUGGAGAGUUACAUUUGGAGCUGGACAGCCUGAGUGAUGAGUACUUUUCCUGCCAGCGGAAGCUCCAGCAAUGUCGGGAGGAGCUGAGCCGGGGACAACAGCCACCCCACAGAAGACAAUGUGGUUGUUGGCUCCCUGUGCUAACAGCAAUGAUUGCUAUAGCACUAGCAGCAUUUCUGAUUAACACAAACCCCCCAGUGGUUUGAGUGACCUGAAACAUCUGGAAAGGAGAAAUGCCUUGAGAUGAGAGACAUUGAAGCAUCAGAAGAUUCAAAGAGGUUUUUUUUGUUAUUGUUCCUUUUCAUGCUGCUGAGGGCAAGAUCCUGAUUUGUUUUACUUUGGGGGCUCAUUGUGGGAUAUAUCAAUAAAUCCAGCCAGAUUGUA